CUCAACACAAAAUCCAGUCUUAUCGAUAUAGUGCUUUAGCCAAUUGAAGGUUUGUUUUCUUCACUGUUGUCAUUUCCUUCUUGUUCUUGCUCAUCUUGUGGUGAGUUGUGAUUGGAAAAUCAGUCAAAGAUGGCAGAAUUCAUUAUUCCGGCAGUUGUUCGAAAAGCAAUUGAAAUAGGCAGUAAUCUGAUCAUCCAAGCAGUUCCUCACCAUGUAAGAGAGCAUGUGGAUUGGAUCCAGCAAGAGAUGACAUAUAUUCAAUCCUUUUUGGAAGAUGCUGAUGCCAAGCAAGGUGACAAAAGAGUGGCUGCCUUCUUGCUUGAUAUAAGGGACCUUGGUUUGGAAGUGGAGGACAUUUUGGACAAAUAUUUCCCUAAGAUUGUAUCAUCCAAGAGGAAGGGCUUCUUUGGUAUCUUUGGCUCCAUUUCCACUACUCAUAAGUUUGUUGCAGAGAUUGAAACGAUCAAAAGAAGGGUCGAAGACAUUAAAUCUCGCAGACUAGUGUAUGGGAUUCAAGAAAAGAAUGUCACCGACGAAGGAGAGACGUGUUAUAGUAGAAGACGAUCUUUCCCUCAUUAUGAUGAACCAAAUGUUGUUGGUUUUGAAGAACACAUUAAUAGUUUGGUGGGCAAAUUGCUAGAUAAGAAUUCACGGUCUAGUGUCAUCUCAAUUACUGGGAUGGCUGGUUUGGGCAAGACAACACUUGCUAAGAAAGUUUAUAACUCUGUUCUACGAAGUUUUGAGUGUUCAGCUUGGAUUUGUGUUUCUCAACAGCCAAACAUGGAUCAACUUCUGCGUGACAUAGCAAGACAAGUGGGCUUAGGGAAAGCGAAACGGGAGAAUGACAUCGAGGCCAAUUUGUUUGCAUUUUUGUACUACAAAAGGUACGUAAUAGUCAUUGAUGAUAUCUGGGAAACCCAACCAUGGGAUUACUUAAAGAUUGGCAUCCCUAACAAUUUUGAAAAUGGUAGUAAAAUAAUCCUUACUUCUCGACACAGAGAUGUAGGUGUACAUGUUGGUGGGCGAAGCUCUUUACAUGAGUUACAACCCUUGGACUUAAAUAAUAGUAGAAACCUGUUUUUCAAAAUUGUUGGGGGGCCUCCACAUAAUCCUGAAGAAGAAGCAAGUGACCCUCUAGAACAACUGGAGAACAUUGCGGAGAAAAUAUUGAAAAGAUGCAGUGGCGUGCCACUUGCAAUUGUAUUAGUAGCAGGUUUGUUGAGAAAAAAAGAAAGAAAGACACAUGCAUGGAAGGCGGUGUUAGAGAACAUGGGUCAAGAGGAAGAUGAAUGUUUAAAGAUCUUUGCUCUGAGCUACAAAGAUUUACCCCAAAAAUUAAAACUAUGCUUCCUCUAUUUUGGUCUUUUUCCUGAGGAUUGUGAAAUUAUGGCUUUUGACAUAAUUAAUUUAUGUGAGGCAGAGGGAUUUAUUCAAGGUGGUGGAGUGCGGGAGGUUGAUGAUGUAGGCGAUGAUUACUUAAAUCACUUGAUUGCUAGGAACAUGAUUCAAGUGGCUCAAAGUAGUGAACUGGAUGGGAGAGUUAAAAGCGUACGCAUUCAUGAUAUUCUGCACGCUCUUUGCGUGGAGAAGGCCAAGGAGAGUAACCUCUUUCACACUUGCAAUGAAGUUGGUUCUGCUAAUUCUGCUUUGAAAGUUCGUAGAGUUACAACCUAUCACAAUAGUCUCCGUGAUUACACUAAUUUCAGUAGAAUUCCUAAACUUCGUGCAUUGCUAUGUUUCAGAGAAGAAGACUGGAAGGAAUUGGAAAAGAAACAUUUUAAGAAUGUUGUUGGAGACUUGAGAUAUCUUCGCGUGGUACAUCUACAGUGUGGACGUCUGGAGUGCAGAGGCCUCAAAAUUUCUUUGCCAAGUGAAAUUGGCAAUUUGGGCCACUUGAGUUACAUACGUCUGAUUGGGGCAAGUGGUUGUACUAUCAAACUUCCUUCCUCUAUCAUCAAUAUCAAAAGUUUGCUGACAUUGGAUUUUCGAAGAUGUGGUGGUAAAUUUACCAUUCCAGAUUUUAUAUGGAAGAUGAAGCAUUUAAAACAUAUUUUUCUACCUUUGCAUUAUGAAAUUAAAUCUGAUUUAAGGGGUUUUUUGCUUGACAAGGUUAAGUUUCUACAUCCAGUCGAAGCUUCUUCUCUAAAUCUCCAAACCCUCUAUGGUCUAAAGCUUCAACGUAGGCCCAUCAAGCACCGGGUGCCAAAAUUUACCAGUUUGAGAAAAUUGGGAGUCUCAUUCGAGGGCUGUGACUUGUCAAACGUCAAGGUGUUGCUAGAUGCAAUCACCGCAUCACACAAGCUAGAUACCUUGCGAUUGCAGUCUAGACUUGAAGUAGGAGAAUUACAUUCAUUUAAUAUCCAAGAUUUGAAUCUAUUUCGCUUUGAGAAUCUUUCUAGGUUGUAUUUGAGAGCAUUACCGGAGUUACAACAUCAUGUUAGCCUUUUUCCUCCAAACCUCACAAAACUUACUCUCAAGUUCACUUUCUUGAAAGAGAACCCAAUGAAGACUCUGAAGAAACUACCAAAAUUAAAGAUUCUCAAAUUGGAUUCAAAUUCCUACAUUGGGCAGAAGAUGGUUUGCUCCGGGAGAAGAGGAAUUGAUGAUAACUUUCCUCAACUUCAAGUGCUUGAAGUUUUUGACUUGCCUUUUUUAGUGGAGUUAAUAUUGGAGAAGGAGGUGAUGCCACAACUCAACAAGUUGAGAAUCUCAAAUUUCCGUUUCGAAGGUGUCAUUAAACUUCCAAAGAGGAUCAGAGACAUAAGCAUUAUCAAUGAAAAUAAGGAAAGCCGCCCACUAGUUUUUGAAACUGACUUAUAAGUACAUUGGAGAAGAUUGCAGAAGAAAGUAAUAGGUUAUUUGGAGUGAUGUAAAUGGUUGUGCGGAUUGCUUGGCCAAGUUAGCUAGAAGUCAGCGUGCUAUUGAUGUUAUACUGCGGGUGCCACCUAAUUUAGUAGCUUCUUUAUUUGAAAAUGAUUUACAAGGGGUUGGUUCCUUGGAUCGAUUUGUUUUGUAGUUUUGUUUGCUGGGCUUAGGCCUCCUUUAAUAACCAAAAAAAAGAAAAGAAAAAAAGGUUCAAGCAUUAAUAAAGUAUUUACUACAUCUCAUUGUUGCACAAUCUGAGGAAUAAAGAUCAUCUACUUCCUUCUAUCUUCCCUUA